UUCAUCUCACAGGUCAGAGCAGAGACAGAACACAACUAGGAGUCCUCAGCCUGAAGAAGUCCUAGCACUGAAACGAUGCAGAACCAUACAGAACUGGACUAUGAUGAUUACAGCUAUUACUACUCGAAUGAUUCAGAAUCAGAUCUAGCAUGUACCGAGACAGACUGGGACUUGUCCUACUCCUUGUUGCCAGUAUUUUAUAUGCUGGUAUUUGUCUUGGGACUGUCUGGAAAUGGAGUGGUAAUCUUCACAGUGUGGAAAGCGAAACCUAAAAGAAGAUCUGCAGACACCUACAUAGGUAAUCUUGCCCUUGCUGACUUGGCUUUUGUUGUUACCUUGCCUCUGUGGGCUACCUACACUGCUCUUGGCUUCCACUGGCCUUUUGGUUCUGCCCUGUGCAAGAUCAGCAGUUACCUUGUCCUGCUCAACAUGUUUGCAAGUGUUUUCUGUCUCACCUGCCUCAGUUUUGACAGAUACUUGGCAAUCGUUCAUUCUUUGUCCAGUGCCAACCUGCGCUCCAGGUCAACUAUCGUCAUAUCUUUGACAGUUAUAUGGCUGCUCUCAGGACUGUUGGCACUUCCAAGUCUGAUUCUGCGUGAUACCCGCGUGGAAGACAACCGCACCCUUUGUGAUCUGGACUUCAGUGGUGUCUCCAGCAAGAAGAAUGAAAAACUCUGGCUUGGAGGUCUAAGCAUUAUGACCACAUUGCCAGGCUUUCUACUUCCACUUCUCCUCAUGACAAUUUUCUACUGUUUCAUUGGAUGCAAAGUGACCAUGCAUUUCCAAAACCUCAAGAAGGAAGAACAGAAGAAGAAGAGGCUCCUAAAGAUCAUAACUACACUUGUUGUUGUGUUUGCCAUUUGCUGGCUGCCAUUCCAUAUUGUCAAAACCAUCCACUUCCUGGACCUGAUGGGCUACCUGACCCUCUCCUGCUCUUCACAGAACUUGAUUGUCAGCCUGCAUCCCUAUGCCACAUGCCUGGCAUAUAUUAACAGCUGUCUCAACCCUUUCCUUUAUGCCUUUUUUGAUCUCCGAUUUCGCUCCCAAUGUUUUUUUUUUUUUGGACUUAGUAAAACCAUGCAUGGACAAAUCAGUAACACCUCCUCCAGCCUGAGUGCUCAAACACAGAAAUCUGAAAUCCACUCUUUAGCAACUAAGGUUUAAGUGGGAAAUGGACACAUGAUAGACAAGGGAGGGAGAGACUCUAUGCUUUUAGCCUGUGUGGCUAAUUGAACUUUAUCUCUCAGACAUGGGAGCACUGCUGAUAAUAGAGAAAAACGCUGUAUCUUACACUGGAGCCUGAAAGACUUUAUUGGUGACCGUCUGCUUGGAAGAUGACAGUACUGUCUACAGGUCAUCAAAGACUUGCUCAAUCUCUCUCUGUGAUACAGGGGAGCUGGCUGGAUGGAGCAAGAUAUGCUAUAUCUUGGUGGGACAGUUACAUCUGUAAAUAAUACUACUUCGAUGACGUGCAGUAUCAACCUGGCCAUCACAUAUGACAUUUCUUUUUAAGACUAAAUAUAUGUGGCAUAUUAUAGCACUUCCAUAGCAAUAUAGAGCCUUUAUCUAACUCACUUGUUAAGAACUAUAGUCUAUUUGUAUCAUUAAUAUUCUGCAAUGUCUUCCAAUGUGGCGCUCACUUCAUUAUAGAAAUUAUGUGAAUAUGGGGGUGUUAAUGGGUUAAUUAUCAACAAGAACCCUUCAGAGCACAAGAAAGCAGCAGUUCCUUGCAGAGCAAAGUAUGGCUGUUGUCUUCACUCAUGUGAAUUAAGUGUGUUGCUCUCCGGAUCUGUAUGUAUGUAUAUAUAGAAUUAUAACAUAUCCCCUCGGAGAGGGGCAUCUUUUUACUGUUUGGUAUACUUUUGUAAAAUGUUGCAAUAAAAUUCCUAAAUGCAAAAAAAA